GGUAACUGAUACUGGGCGUUAAUUGGGUUUUGUCAAAUAUCAUUUAUCAUCUUCUAGACAUAUAUGUGUAUCAGCAGACCUUGAUAUCAGUGUUAUGGUAUGCUGUAACAAGGAAGUCGCCUACUUUCGCUAUCACUUUAAAACAUAGCCUCACGGUGGUGUUAUAUCACAUCGCAAUGAGGCUAAGUGAAUAGAGACAAUAGCAAAUAUGUAUCAUCAUUCACUGGGGUAAAAGGUAAAAUAAUAGGCAGUCCUAAAUUCUACUUUCAGUGAACGUAUCCACUCAAUUGUUCUUUGUUUACUAUGAGUCGUUCUAUAUGUGACACCGUCGAUAGUGUGCACUACCAGUGUUCUCAAUAUAAGCGGGGGGAGGUUACUCGUGAGUGAUAGACGACAGGUCUAUGCUCCGAGGCGGGGCUGUGCACCUAAAGUGAGUGCACCGGGAGGCAAUGUAGAGUUUGGGCCGAACUCGCAUGGAUACUUCAUUAUAUUUGCCAUCAGAGAUCUUACCAUAUGUGCAAGUUAGCCAUUGGUGUUCUUUCCGAUGAAUGCAUACGUUGAUUAGAGAAAUUCAAACAAUUGACUGAUACUAAUUACAUGUCGUGUACCAUGUACCAUGUUGUAUUGUCAUCUCGUUGUCAACCAAUCCCUCGGGGCAUAAAAACAAGGCAUUUAAUUCAGGUAUUUGGCACGCCUGGGGGUAAUUACAAUUUAUAUGCACAUCUACAAAAUAACUAUAUGUUAAAGGUGACAUGAAGCCGCGACGUCCACUAUCAGGAUAUAUACGACAGCAGGUUUCAGCCUGAUUCCGACUCAGUUUGUCGGCAGUGUUGAACUGAUACCCCUCUUGUAUGCAUGCAUUCACAUGUGUGGAGUAACAAGGUAUACAUGCCAUUCGAUUGUGUCUUCACAUGUAGGUGAAUAUACCGUACUUUUGUAAAGUUAGAACUGGCAAGUAAGUUGUAUAAAUGUUGGUACACAUUUAUGCAAACUGGAAUUUGCAUUUAUCCAUUUACACGUAUGUGAAAAUAUACAGAUGUGUGCAAAUGCACGUAGAUUUGCGUGGGUUUCAUGACAAUUAUCAUGUAGUUGUUUCUGAAAUGAGCCUAUGUUUGUUCGGAUACAGUGGGUAAAGGGAAGUAACUCGGUUUAAUUGUAACGUCUGUCAGCUGUCAAUACGGCUAACCUGUACGCAUGAAUGUCGACAAGAUAAAUUCGUUAUCAACCAAUCCAUCGGUACAUAAAAGCGAUAAAAAGGUAAAGGGUAAAAGUAUGUUUGCAGCCGGGUGUACAUAUAUUCAUAUUCAAAUAACUGUAAAACGAUACGAAUCAAGCUCAGUCAUAACAUUAUUGUUUUGAGGAAAAUGAAAUGUAUAAUUAAUUAAACUAUGAAUGCAUUUAAUAGAUGGCUACCCGGAACGGAAACAAAAUCAAGGAUAAUUUCCUGACGUGCUCCAUCUGCUCCGAGACGUACACAGACCCGUGUACACUGACCUGCCACCACACCUUCUGUCAGAGAUGUAUCCAGAAGUACAUCCAAACCAGACCAGAUGCUGUGCAGUCCAAAACGAUCCCAUGUGCCUGCUGUGGACAAGAUACCAUGGUCCCCCACCCCAGCAGGCCAGUGGAGGAGUGGGCUGGGCAGAUCAAACCCAGCAUCAUUCUACAGAAGUUGACACACAAACCAGUGUUAACAAACAAUUGCUGCACAAUCUGUCAGCAACUAGGGGAGAUAACUGCAGGAGUCUUGUGGUGUCCUGAAUGCGAAGUGGACCUCUGUGAAAGAUGCGUGAAGAUACAUUGGGUGAGCCCUAUGUCAAGUGACCAUGACCUCUUUGACCUGCAAACCAGAGAUAAGGGGGGAGAGUGUAAAAGCGACAAGCCAGUCCCACAGAGGGAGACGGCUGACCACAAUAACCAAGGUAAAGGUAAUCUGAAGGCACCACUGCUGGUUAACACCAUUGAUAUCUAUCGAAUCAGUGGCAAAAUGUCCUUCAAUAUCCGUGACGUUGCAGUCCUGGAUGUUGACGGUGUACAGACAGAUGUAGUCACUGACGGGGACAAUCACUGCAUAACAUCGUUCUACACCAGAAAAAAGACGUCACGUUUCAGUACGGGUCGUGUGAAACAAUCUCCAUGGGGUGUAACACAGCUGAAAGAGAAGCAGGUACUGGUUGCCGUCCCCGAAUCAUGUGAGAUUGUAACAGUGGGUGUCAGCCCUGGCCUGGCGCUGCUAUCAACCAUCACAACACGUACUGGGUACUACAGUCUCGCUGUUCUGAGUCCUUCAUCUCUAGCAGCAAGUACAGACAAUUGUGUUGAUAUCCUGGAUAUGUCGGGGCUCGAGUUGAGGUCAGUUAAUGCAUACAACAAUAUGCGACUAUUUACCUACCCCGACUACAUGUGUGUCAACAACAAGGGCAACAUACACGUGUCUGACUGGGGGGAGAAGUCUGUGACAUGUCUAACAUCAGAGGGGGAUGUUGUGUGGAGAUACGUCCCUACCGGAGACAGGGUACUCGGUGUUCCUCAUGGUAUUUCCACUGCCGGGACGGGAGACAUACUUCUGGUGGACAGUAAUUCCAACAAGGUCAUACAACUGACAGAGACGGGAGAGUUUGUCAGAGACCUGCUCACGUCAGACGGUAACGUGUCUGGCCUGAAGAGUAUUUUCUGUCAUGCACGCGAAUCCUUCUUUAUCUGUUGUAAUGCUGAAGUGAAGGAGUACAAAUGUAGUCGAUACUAAUUCGGUCGUGCUACAACGUGAGACCAAGACAACUGACAAAAAACAAGGUUUAGUCGAGAUCCAGUACCAAGUAGUAUGAUAAGUAUCCGCUCAACAAACCAAGUCCUCAACAGGAUUGUGGACGAUAACAAUAGUGAUUAGUGUCAGAGUAUAAAACGAAAACUAUUGAAACUCACAAGGUACAUGUUCCAUGUCACAACGUUUAGCUUACUAAAUAUAUAUACAAUUACUUUCUGUAAAAUAGUAGUAUAUGAAGCAUAAAUAAAGAUGACACUACAAUUCCGACCACACCCAUAAUGGUAUUGCAGUGUUGGAGGACUGUUGUGAAAAACAUGAUUUUAUUUCUUCAGGGCACGCAAUUUUGUUUGGAAAGGAGAAUCCGAACAAUUUAUUUUUUUCACAAUGCUUUUUUUCAGGACAGACAGAGAACAAUUUUUUGUGAUAAAAUCUGAUAAAUAAUUACUUCUUUAACAUUUAUUCAAAUGGUUCACGAAUUUGUCUUCAAAAUGCAUCUUCUUUUUCUUUGUUUCUGAAUAACCAUGUCGUUUUAUUCGUCAUAAUGGGCUGCGAGGUCGUUAUACGUAAUAACCACGUCAUUGAUAAUUAUUGGUUUUAUACUAUGUCCAUGCACGCAAGUCGCAAAUUGUUUGCCUGGCUUCAUUAUCUGUAUGUUAUUUACCUGUGUUUAUCAUCUAUGUAGAAGUUACCUGUAUUCAUCAUCUUUGUAGUAUUUACCUGUAUCCAUUUUCUGUGUACUAUCUAUAUUCCCUAUCUGUGUAGUAUUUACCUGGCUUUGUCAUAUAUGUAGUAUGUGCCUAACUUCGUCAUAUAUGUGAAAAUGUGAUAUAUUUGAUGAAUAAAGUGGACACAAA